AUGUAUAGGAAGGAAUUGCAGAGUGUAUUGGGAGGGAAGGUUGUGAGUUUGCCACAGGUGUGCAUUAGAGGGAAGCAUAUUGGUGGUGUGGAUGAGAUUAAGCAACUUCUUGAGGUUGGAGAGUUGGCAAAGCUUUUGGAAGGAUUCCCAGCUCAAGAUUCAGGGAUUGUUUGUGACAGUUGUGGGGAUGCAAGAAAUAACUUGGCUGCAAUGCACCAGUGA